CGGCAGGGCGGCGGCGCGGCCUGUUGUUCCCGGCCUGCCGGGGGCAGGAAGAGGCGGCUUCCAUGGCGACUGGCCCGUGGCCCCGGGGCCCCCCGACCUGCUAAGGCCCCCUUCCUCAGGCCUCAAUAUGUCGGAAAACCCGCCCCACGCCAAUCACCUCCCCAUGAACGGCAACGGCGGGGGAGGCGGCGGCGGCGGCGGCGGGGGCGGCACCCCCCGCGGGGUCCGGACCCCCAACCUCAACCCGAACCCCCUCAUCAACGUCCGCGACAGGCUCUUCCAUGCCCUCUUUUUCAAGAUGGCCGUGACCUACUCUCGUCUCUUCCCCCCGGCCUUCCGCCGCGUCUUCGAGUUUUUCGUCCUGCUCAAGGCCCUGUUUGUGCUUUUCAUCCUGGCUUACAUUCACAUCGCCUUCUCCCGCUCACCCAUUAACUGCCUGGAGCACGUGCGGGACAAGUGGCCUAGAGACGGCAUCCUCCGGGUGGAGAUCCAGCACAAUUCGAGCCGCCCGCCCAUCUUCCUCCAGUUCUGCGAUGGCGGGGGGUUCCCGGGCAUGGUGAUUGAGACCCCCGGUGAGGAGGAGCCGGAGGAGGAGGAAGAGAUGACGGUGGAGAUGUUCGAGAACAGCUCUGUCAAGUUCGAGCUGGAUAUUGAGCCCAAGGUGUUUCUGAAGCCGUCCCGGGCAAGCAGCCCUGAGGCCCGGAUCCAGGGGGCCCAGAACGAAAGCCAGGAGUUCUCAUUCAGCGAGGCGACAACUAAAGUGUGGCCUCAGGAGGAGUACAUUGUGGAAUACUCCCUGGAAUAUGGCUUCUUGCGCCUGUCCCAGAGCACGCGGCAGCGCCUCAGCAUUCCCGUUAUGGUGGUGACGCUGGACCCCUCAAGAGAUCAGUGCUUUGGGGACCGAUUUAGCCGCCUGCUCCUGGAUGAAUUCCUGGGCUAUGAUGACAUCUUGAUGUCAAGCGUGAAAGCCUUGGCAGAAAACGAGGAGAACAAAGGUUUCCUCCGCAAUGUGGUGUCUGGGGAACAUUAUCGCUUCGUCAGCAUGUGGAUGGCCAGGACGUCCUACUUAGCAGCCUUUGUCAUCAUGGUCAUUUUCACCCUGUCCGUCUCGAUGCUCUUGCGCUACUCCCACCACCAGAUCUUCGUCUUCAUUGUGGACCUGUUACAGAUGCUGGAGAUGAACAUGACCAUUGCCUUCCCCGCCGCACCCCUGCUCACGGUCAUUUUGGCUCUCGUCGGUAUGGAGGCCAUCAUGUCUGAGUUUUUCAACGACACUACCACUGCAUUCUACAUCAUCCUGAUUGUGUGGCUGGCUGACCAGUAUGAUGCCAUCUGCUGCCACACCAACACCAGCAAGAGGCAUUGGUUGAGAUUCUUCUACUUGUACCACUUUGCCUUCUAUGCGUAUCACUAUCGAUUCAAUGGGCAGUACAGCAGCCUGGCACUGGUCACCUCAUGGCUCUUCAUCCAGCAUUCCAUGAUCUACUUUUUCCAUCACUAUGAGCUGCCGGCCAUUCUCCAGCAGAUCCGGAUUCAAGAGAUGCUGCUACAAAACCAGCAGCUGGGCCAGGGGACGCAGACCACCCUCCAGGAUAAUCUCAACAACAACACUACGGCCGCCCCCGCCGGUGGCCGGCGGCCCCUCCUCGGGGCAGGCCCCUCGGAGACAGGCAGCCCUGCUUCCCUGCCCCCCGGCGAGGGGCCCUCCACGGCCAUCUCGGCGGGGGGCAACAUGAACUGGGUGGCUGAAACGGCUGCCAUCAUCACAGAUGCCUCGUUCCUCUCUGACCUGAGUAGCGGCCUCUUGGAGCGGAGAGCGGUCCCCGAAGCCCUGGCCAACAGCAGUCCCCUUCCCGCCGCCAGCCUGGUGGCCCAGAUCCGAGUCAGUGAGAACCCGGAGGCAGCCGUGAGCUCCAUCACCAUCGAGGUCACUUCGACAGCACGGGCGGCCCCGCCCGGGGAGCCGCCGCUCGCGGAAGAGGGUCUCCCCACCCUCCUCCCAAGCCCGGCCGCCUCGGCGCCGGACCUCGGCACCGGAGCCAUGGAAGGCAGCCUCCUGCAGCCGCACCGGCAAGAUCCCGACUUGGACCAGCAGCAGGGCCAGGUCCCCGAGCCCUCCAAGCAGACUGGCCCCAGCUCGGUGGACACAGACAGCAUGGCCUCUGCGGGAGCUCUCUCAGCAGCCGAGUCCAGGAGCCCGUCUUGAGGGAUCUUUGGGUUUGGGGGGCUUCCCCCCCUCCGCCACCCCCGUCCAAUGGGGCAGGAACAACCCAUCUCCUUUCUAAAGUUUGGUUCUUUUUCUGCCUUGCUCAGA